UCUCUCCUAUGCACAGUACCCAAACACAUCUCAAAAAGUUUUUAACUUUUGUGAAUUCCCCUCAUUUUAUCUCCCUCCUCUCUCUCGCUCUAGCUAGAAACGACAAUAAUUCUGGAAGCUGCUGAAUUUAAAUAGAGGAGAAGAUAUGCACACACCUAUACCACUUAAAUUUCAUUUCACAGUGAGCUAUUAGAAUCAUGUGUAGGGUUUUCUCCAAGAAUUUGAAGGGAGCUCCUUAUAUGUAUUUUAAUUAAAAUUUCUCUACUCAUUUUUAUAUUUUUUUUGUUGUUUUGUUUAUAUCAAGAUCAUCAGUCUCCAUAUUGAAUUACAAGUUCCAAAAAAGGUAGAGCUAGAGGUGGUGAGGAGAACAAGUACUAUUAAUAGUAUUAUAAUAAUCAUAAUCAUAAUACAUCAUCAAGAAGUAGAAAUGGAGGUGGUGAUGAGAUGAUGAUGAUGAGUAAUAGGAUGAAGCCUGCAUGGCUUGAAGGAUUGAUGGCAGAGACAUUCUUUGGAGGUUGUGGGGUCCACGAGAAUCGCAGAAAGAAUGAGAAGAACGUCUUUUGCUUGUUCUGUUGCCUUAGUAUCUGCCCUCACUGCCUUCCUUCUCAUCGCUCUCAUCCCCUCCUCCAGGUAAGGAGAUACGUUUACCAUGAUGUGGUUCGCUUGGGGGAUCUUGAGAAGCUCAUUGACUGUUCUUAUAUUCAGCCCUAUACAAUAAACAGUGCCAAGGUGAUAUUUCUGAAUCAGAGACCACAGUCAAGGUCUUGUAAGGAUUCAGCCAACAAUUGCUUCACUUGUGACAGGAUACUCCAAGACCCAUUCCACUUCUGUUCUCUCUCGUGCAAGGUUAAUCACCUGGUGGAUCAGGGGGAGGAUCUCUCUGCUAUUCUCUACAGGAUUGAUGAAUCUGAUUUUGCAUUUUCCCAGUUUGAGGGAUUGAGGAUGGACAGCUCCGAGAUUAUCGAUGAUGAAGGUCAAAUCACCCCGAGCUCCAUUCUUGAGAACCCAUUACAAUACAGAGGAUCAUCGUGCUCCAGUGACAUCAUGGGCAGCUCAGGAACUGCACAUGAACCCAAGGUCCUGAAAAAGAAGGAAAAAAAUGGCUUCCUUCAGGGGAAUUUCUUCUCCUUGAGCAGCAGGCGAAAGGGAUCUCCUCACAGGGCUCCUCUCUCUUAAAUUAGACGACAACAAAAAAGGGUUCAUAACUAUCUGGAAUGCUAAGGUACUAAAGCUGGUCAUGGUAUUAAACCAAUCAGUAUAGCUAGCUAGCAAGGCUUAGCAAUUGCAUGGAAUGUUUACUUAGGAAUUUACCUCCAUGUUUUUUUUUUUUUUUGUAAUCGUUUUUAGGGUAGGAAUUUGCCUGGGCAUUCCAUUGCUGACUUUAGGUGGUUGUAGAGAGACUGGAUUUCUAUCUGAAAUCUAGGCGAGCUACGCUCUUCACUCCACCAAUUUUGCAUCCAUGUAAUGGAAUCUGUACGUAUACAUUUAUAUACAUGUAUGCUGUUUCCAUA